CCUGCUCAGACCAGCAGCAGAAGUGCAGGCUCUAAUCUCAUUUUCUCUGCCUCUCUUUCCCUGGCACACAGGCCAGGUGGACAAAUUUUGGGCUAAUCCAGCCCACGGGGGUUUCACCUGAAAAGGAGAGGCCCGAGCCCUGCCCUGGCUUUUAACCCUUCCUGUGACAAACAGCUGGCUGCUCUGGGCUAAGCCAGAUGGAGAGGCUGUCCCAAAACUUGAUAUCCCAAGUAUCUCCUCCAGCUGAUUCCCUCUAAAGCCAGCUCUUCUUGCAAGAUGUGUAUCUGGGGGCAGCUGGGGUCAAUAAAUCUGUUAAGUUUGUUUUCACAGCAGGGUGGAUACUUCCCUUAGAGAUUAUAUUUCAAUCCUUUAUCUUAUUAAGGGAAGAUGUGUUUUGUCCAUUAAUCCAAUUAGCCCGGUGGAUUAAUAAGGCUGGGCUUGCUCUGUUUCAGGAAGCAUAAAAAUAGAAGUCAAGCAUAAUUAAACCUAAACUUGUAAGUAACUCUGGUAACAAGAGUACUAUUUCCCUGGAUAUUCUGUUUAUUAUCUUUACGAGCUAUGCUCUCAAAUUUCAUGACGUGAAUUCUCGAUUAGAACAGCUCGAUUCAUGACCAAAGAGCAGCAGGCUGCCCUGAAAACAUUCACUUUUUGUGUGUUUAUAAAAUUCUCUUUGUGCUAAAUAUAGUCAGGUAGGCUCCAACCCAGGGUAAAGUUUUCAAUACCCGAGAGGAAUCUGUUUGCUUGCGAAGGAAUGAAAGCAGUUUGUCAUUAUUCUGACGUGCCCUGGCUCUCUGAUCAGAGCUGUUUGCUGACAAAUCCAGCUGUGGGUAUUUGGCUCAGCCUUUGGAUAAAUCCAGCUUUUGGCAUCUUUUCCUGCUGGAGGACUUAUGGUCCUUUCCUUUAAACAACGCUCCUGUGCUGUGGAUACAAAACCCAGAGAAGCUCGGAGUGGGGGAAACAAAAAGGAAAAGGAGAAAGGAGAGGGGAAGUAAGGAAGACCAGGAACAAACUCCGGGAGUGUAGCAGAACUACAAUUCCCAGCACUCCCGGGGAGGGAAGAGUGACUGGAGCCCAGCGGAGUCACUGCAGAGCCAGAGGUCACCCGAGAUCCCGGCGCAGCGAGCAGGGAAAACACAGCGCAGCAGAGACACCAGCUGUAGGUGUUGGUUAUGGCUGCAGCAUAUCAAGCACUGCACAGGAGAGUUUCCUCCCUCCUCUGCAGGUUGCACUCCACCUAUGUGAGAAAAAUGAGAUACUUAAAUCAGCUAAAGGAAGAUGACAGCCUUUGUAGACAAGCUCAGACCUCAGGAACUUUCUACCUCUUUCACAACCUCUCCCCCUUCCUGCAGAAAGCUGGGAAGAAAUAUUUGGUACCACAGCUCAGUGCAGCAGAGAUGAAAGGGAUUCUGGAGAAGUUCCAAGAGGCUGAGCAGUGGAUAGAGAAGUCGGUGCUGAUCGGCUGUUCGGACGAGCACAGACCGCGCUUUGCGCUGGAUUUAGGAGCCUUGGAUAAAUCAGUCAUUGAGUCAGAACUGCAGGGAUCAUUUACUGACCUACGAAAAGCUCUCUUUGUAGUGGACAGGGAGGAUUCUCCUUUGCUGGCUUCGGCCCACUCCCUUCUGCAGUGGCACGAGUCCCACCAGUACUGCAGCAAAACGGGGCAGCCCACUCAGAAGAACCCAGCUGGCAGCAAACGCGUCUGCCACGCCAGCGGAGUCACUUACUACCCACAGUCUGAGCUGCUUCUCUUGCUUUGGUGGGGCUCGUGCCAGAUGUCUCCAGUGGUCAUCGCCCUGGUGUCCGACGGGAGCCGGUGCCUCCUCGCGCGACAGCCCUCGUUUCCCCCGGGGAUGUUCACGGCUCUGUCAGGCUUCUGUGACGUGGGUGAAAACGUGGAGGAGGCAGUGCGGCGAGAGGUGGCCGAAGAGGUGGGGCUGGAGGUGGAGUCGCUCCGCUACUCGGCUUCCCAGCACUGGCCCUUCCCCGGCAGCUCCUUAAUGAUAGCCUGCCACGCCCUGGUGGGAGCCCAGCGGGCUGAGCUCCAGCUCCAGCCCAGAAACCUGGGAGCUGUUAGGGAUUCUUUCCCAUGGCAUGGCCCCACACAGCUGAUUCCCAGCCUGGAAGCACAGCAGGCACCGACUCCUGCACCUGCCGGUUGUUUCUACCCCAUUUCCAGAGGCUGAGUUGUUACCGUGAGUUACUGCAAGAAUCCAAACCAAGGGAAGAGGUUUCCUUUUCUGAGGUGACUGAGGAGGGAUUGAGGGCACUGAGGAAGGAUGAGGAAGAUGAAAUUGACCUCACAUCACUCCCUGGCAAGGAGUUUUCCUAGGGGAAUAAAGAAAGCUGGCAAAAGAGAUUUCCACCUCAGGUCUGCCAGAACAGAUGCUCUUGAGUUCCAGUCUGAAGACAUAAAUGUCCAUGGGGAGGGCAGCUGCUUCUGCAGCCUUUGCAGCAUCCCAGGGGAUGCUGAGGUGGUGCAAAGGGUCUGCUCUGAGUCCCCCUGCUAGGGGAAACAAAAGCCAGUUUCUCGUUUGAGAGAGUGAGAGAAGCAGCUGCAGCAGGAGCUGUGUAAACAUUGCUUAAAAAUGCUUUUCCACCACUGCAACUACCACGUGCCUGGAGAUUCCUGUGCUGGAGCCUUGGAAAGGAGGGUCAGGGGGGCAGGUGAUCUUUCAUGGCAUCCACUUACAGCACAAGGACCCCAAAACCAGUUUAUUUGCAGGAGGAGUUGAGGGCUGCUGACUCCUGAGACUACUCCAUAAAACUCACCAGCAGGAAGAGUGGCAGCAGCCAAAGUGCCCAGGUGUUCAGGAGAGUUUUAAGAGGUUAAAGGUCUCUGUGUCCCCUGGGGUUAAUUUUGAUCUCAUAGAUGGAAGAUGAAAGAUCCAUUAUGUGUUUUCAUGCUUGAAGCACACCCAUCAACAACUCCACUGCUCAGAACUGGGGCUGCCAGGGGUCAAGCCACAAACAAGAAAACCACGGGCUUGGGAAGGGUCAGGAGUGCUGGGAUGAGUGGGGCUGAACAAAAGGCAGGUGCUGAGGUGAGCAAAGUGAAUAAAUUGUGUUGGAAUGUGAUGCCAGUUAAACAGCUUCAGAAUAUACUUGGAUAGAAAUCUGCUGAAAGGGAACCACACCACCCUUGUCUUCCCUAAUUAAUUCCAUCAGGCUUCCUUCACUAAAAAUACUCUCAAAAUUAAAAGCAGAGAUGCCUCGUGUGUCACUUCAAAGCAGAGGAAGAGGCAAUGCUUAUUCUUCCAUGGCAAACUCUGCUGUGAGCACUUCCAGAGCCUUGAAGGUCUCCAGUGUGAAGCUGCUGAACAAAUGUCAGUGGUUGGAAUGAGCACAGCCCCAGAGAAAUCCCAGUCCCACUGAUGGAAAAGUGAGAUUAUCCAAGCAGCAAGGUCAGCUGGAGUGUUUCCAAAAGAGCAGCUUUGUGCUGAACCUCAGCUCAGUCUUUUUCUUCACUCACUGCAAGAAUUCCCCAAUCUAUUUUGACCUUUUGUAUAGCACAGGCCACACAACAGUUGAAUGUGAUCAUGUUUUAAACUCAGGUCUCUCUUAAAGUAUCUAAACUUGAUCUAACUGCUCAUCAGUGGAGAAUUUUAUGUGGUUUCAGUGUUAAUUACCUUCUGUGCUCAAACAUAAACCCUUUCCAAGGUUCAAGUACCUGUUUUCCACCUCUAACUGCUCAUUGUCUGUAUUCAAAAGCUCCCAUUAAUGUCAUUUUUCCACCACAGGUUUGUCUGAGUCUGCAGCUCACCUCACCUCUCAGCAGUCCAAAUUCCUUGAACUCUAGCAGAACCUUCUAUACACCUCCCAGCUCUUGCUGUCCAUCUCUAAUCCAACCUGCCAGUACUCUUGAACUGUUGACAAAGUAAAUUAUACAAUAUCAAUGGAGGACAACUGAUUAAUUGCUGCAUUAAAAAAAAAAAAAAAAAAAAAAAACUUAG